CCCGUUAUCAUGCAAAUGAUGCGGGACGAGUGGCCCAUGUGUCAUGCCCUUUUAAGAAAUAUGAGAAAUAGUCGGGAGUGACGUCUGCUGCGCACAGAGGCCGGAGGCAAACUGACACUUGCGGAGCGGCGAAAGACAGCGAGCGAGAAACGACUGUUGGGCUGUCCGGUGAAGCAAACCCGCCAUGCGUGAAUACAAGCUAGUGGUGUUAGGCUCUGGAGGUGUGGGCAAGUCCGCUCUGACAGUUCAGUUUGUACAGGGAAUCUUUGUGGAAAAAUAUGACCCUACAAAGAAAGACUCAUACAGAAAGCAAGUGGAGGUAGAUGGGCAGCAAUGUAUGCUUGAAAUUCUCGACACAGCAGGCACAGAGCAGUUCACAGCGAUGAGGGACUUGUACAUGAAGAAUGGCCAAGGCUUUGCCCUGGUAUACUCCAUCACAGCACAGUCCACCUUCAACGACCUCCAGGACCUGAGAGAACAGAUUCUACGAGUAAAGGACACAGAGGAUGUGCCGAUGAUCCUGGUGGGGAACAAGUGCGACUUGGAGGAUGAGCGAGUGGUGGGGAAGGAGCAGGGCCAGAACCUGGCCAGACAGUGGAACCACUGUGCCUUUUUAGAGUCCUCUGCUAAGUCAAAGAUCAACGUCCUCGAUAUCUUCUACGACCUGGUCAGACAGAUAAAUAGGAAAAACGCCAGUGGAAAAGAAGAAGGCGAAAAAGAAAUCCAACUGCGUCCUGCUUUAAAGACCCCCCCCCUCCAGCCCCUGCAGCAGCUCUGAGCCAGAAAUGCUGUAAUGAAGAACUGUUGCCCUGAUUGGAACGUGCCAGCAUUCCAACAGCCCCGCCCACCCACCCCCCUCCCUCCAUCAGCCAUAAACGGUGAAUCAGCUGACGGAAUUGCUCCUAUCAAAGACAAGGAUGAUCUACACCAGAGAGAGAUGGAGAGUAAAGAGAAAGAAAAGACAGUAAGAGAGAGAAGACUCUGGUCUCUCGCCUCCGAGGACCUUCCUCUGUGUCUCAGUUUCAGUGUGAACCCUGAACGGACGGUCUCCAUUUUCUGCACCAACAAACACCACAAACUUAUGAUGAUGAUAUAAGCCUCCGAACGUUUAAUAAAAAAAGUGUCCAUGAGCCGCCUACAUGGCCAGAGACAGCCCCCUUACUUUAAUUUUUUGACAGAUUAACAAAAAGAAUUUAACAGCGUUAAAAAGAAGGAAAACUAAGUUAGUACUUGGAUUCAGUAUUUUUCAUCUUUCAUUAUCAAUAUUGUAUUUGAAAGACAUGGAAGUUGACCUAUUUUUUUGUUGUAUGAUUAUAAAUAUUCAUCAAAAACGAGCAUGCAAAAAAUGCAUCAGUUAUUAAGUAUAGAUGUUUUCAAGUGGAAAAGUGAGAUUUUUUUUUCAUAGCCAUACACCUAUUCUCCAUGCCCGUCAUGUCAGUGAUGAUAGAUCAAGGUCUAUAAUAUGUGUUAUUUUUAUUAUAUAUUUUUUUUCUUUGUUCGCCCUGUUGUUCAUGGACUUUUCUUCUGCGAAUAUCUCUCUCUGAUGUGACUUAAUUUUAUACUCGGUCACUGGGAUUUCAUAGCUCCCAUAAUAUAUUCUAAUGCCAUUUUUUGCAUAUUAAUGCUUCAGAAAAAUGGGUCUUUUAUAGAAGAAUAAUGGGGAAAAAUAAGGAUUGAUUUCUAUGUCUCUUGAAGCUGAAAUAUAUUAUACUAAACCAACUCUAAUAAUGCUUCUUGUGUUUUUCUGUCAAUGAUGUUCCAGCUUUUAUGGAUUCUUAAAGUACAUUUUAGUACAUUUUCAUUAUAUUGGUCAAUGUAUUUUUGUGAAUUAAACUUUUAUCCAAAGCAGAUUUGACUUAUUUGAAAUUUAAAAGAUGUUUUUAUUGUUUUAUUAAAGGGUUGGACAUUUUUAUGUGGAAUCAAAAUAGGAAUUGCGUGGGGACACUUAGUUAGCUAUUAAGUAUUGUUUCUAUACCGAGAGGACAGUAUUGUAACUAGCCUGUUUAAGUGUACAGAUGCCUUACUUUCAAUGGCCACCGGGGGUCAGUGUUUGAACAAAUGUGUCACACAUUCAGAGGGAACUGAUUAAAAGCCUUCAUCACUGCAGUCAGUUAUGUAAUGGGACAAUAAAUCACAAGGAAAUUAGUGCUC